AUGGCUCCCUCAGUCGACCCCACCACCGCCGUCUUCUACCAAAAGAAAGACUACGAAGGCACCGGCGACGUCUACCCUCUCGGGCAAGACGUUUCCGUGCCCGGUUCUCUCAACGACAAGUACCUGUCGGUAGCCAUCGGCGCCUCCACCAAGGUGAUUGCCUGGCAGCACUACAACGAGUCCGGGAUCUACCAAGAAUGGACCUCCUCGCAGUCCGACAUCUCCUCCAUCGACGGCUUAUCCCGCUUCCGCGUGGUAGACGAUGACACGCGCGCCAUUUCCUUCCUGUUCAAGGACGCCACGGGCGGCGAGGACAGGCAGUAUAGUCUCAAGGUUGACGCAAGGGAUGUCGGCGCUGUGACGCUUUAUAGUACCACCGGAGAAGAUCAGUAUGGCCUUGUGGGCAUUCUGCCCGCGGGAGGACCGCCGGUUACGACGGCGGUGUAUGUCAGGGAUGAACGCUCGGGGGUGUAUAUCGCUACGGGCUCGGUGUUUUUCAAGUGGAAUGAGGAGACGAAGGAGGUGGAUGUGGUGGAGAAUGAGAAUUGGCCGAAGCAGUUGAGCCAGAAGAGGACGGGGAAUAGUAGCUUUGAGGUUACGUUGGUUGAUAACAAGCCUUCGGAGUGA